UCAUCCACAUCUCGUAGUAGUGUCAUCGUUUGUGCAUUGUUUUCUCUUUGUUUUGUUUAGCUCCUUUGAAAGCACACAAGAAAAAUGGGCCAGGGAAGAGUCAGUGCAAUGGUCGCGGCGGCUUUGCUGUUGUUGUUGGUGCUUAGCCAAACUGAGUUGGCUCGUGCGGCAACCUACACGGUCGGCGGCGCCGGCGGCUGGACCUUUAACGUUGCCGGUUGGCCUAAAGGAAAGCGCUUCCGUGCUGGUGACACACUUGUGUUCAACUACGGCCGAGGUGCUCACAAUGUGGUGGCUGUUAACAAGGCCGGUUACCAGACGUGCAGGACAGUACCAAAGGGAGCCAAAGUCUAUACAAGUGGAAAGGACCAGAUCAAGCUAGUGAAGGGCCAGAACUUUUUCAUAUGCAAUUUUCCCGGGCACUGCGAAUCUGGAAUGAAAAUUGCCGUAACUGCAGCCUAAUUAAAGGGGAAACUAUGUAUUUAUUAGACGUGAUUGUCACUCUAUAGUAGAGCAUUAUCAUGUAUUAAAAAACCAUGUUUUGAAGUGUUGUUUGGAAUGGAAUAAAAUAGUUUCUUUAUGUCA